CAACACAACACCAAAUUCACGCCGUGCCUGCAUUAGCCACGCCGUCCCACGCACCCUCCUAUCCCCUCGCACACCAGCACGAAAGAAGCCGGAUUCACCCCAGCCUCUUUGUCUCUUUCGCACUACCGGACGGUCCCGGUGCUUUGCUAAUCUCUCUGCGAUCAGAACAGAAAUUGCCCCGCUGCAACUCGCGACUGCGUGGUAGAUUCUACAAACUUGCAACGCAACUACACCAAAAGUCUCGUCUUCAACUUCGAUAUAGACAACAUGAGCGGUGCAAACGCCAACAUCGCAGCGCGUCUGCAAAAGGAGCUCAUGGACAUCAUGACCAAGCCCACUCCCGGCAUCACCGCGUUCCCCGAUGACGAGAACAUGACCGUCUGGACCGCCACCAUCGACGGCCCGGCAGACACUCCCUACGCCGACCUCGUCUUCAAGCUGUCCAUGGACUUUUCCAACAACUACCCCUACAGCCCGCCAACCGUCCUCUACAAGACCCCCAUCUAUCACCCCAAUGUCGACUUCUCGGGCCGUAUUUGUCUCGACAUCCUCAAGGACAAGUGGAGCGCCAUCUACAACAUCACCACUGUCUUGCUGAGUCUGCAGAGCUUGUUGGGCGAGCCGAACAACUCAAGCCCGCUCAACGGUCAGGCCGCAGAGCUCUGGGACAAGGACCCCGCCGAGUACAAGCGCCUCGUCCUCGCCCGCCAUAAGGCACCCGAGGACCUGGACGCCUGAGCGCCUUCGUCGCAUCUACUUGGGUCUGACAGUGCCUCGCGGCUCGGUGCGUCUGACAAUCGGGCCGGCAUGCUACUUGACGGCACAGUUUGUUGCGUAUCUCCAGCGGGGCGUUGGGUCUAAGCCAAUUUCUUGACAUCACCUGAGAUCAUAAGCAGCAUCGAUAUGCUGGGUUGACUUUUGGCUUCGGCAUGGAGUUGCAUUCGGCGCUUUAUAUUGGUUCGCAUUGCGACGGCGUUGGAUAGUGUCAAAGCAUGGUCGCAGUAACUUGACUUUGAUGUCUUGUGGCGUUACCAUCUCAGGACUUACGAAUACCUACGACAAAUCUAUGUUUCACAACAUGCCU